AUGUUAUGCUGUCCGAAAUCGUUUCUCGAUAAGCAAGAGGAUCUCCACAUGAUGCGUCAGAAUUCGGCAAGCAACUUAGAUCCAUAUCGAAGACCGCCACCACCUCCUGUCAACCAUAAAAACAUCUAUGAAGACGAAUUUCACAACAACUUUUUGCUCUCUCGACGUUUGGAAUCGUUAAAUACGACGGAGCCACAUUUGAGUGCACUGCCGGGAAAAGCUGAACAUAUGUCGAUGUUAGCUGAUGCUCAAGAUGGAAAUGGUAAUAAUUUAUUUGCAAUCAAUAUAACGGGUAUCCGGGGAGUACCGGUAAUGCCAAUACAAAAUGAUCGAAGACGCCCGCUCCCGGUACCACCCUCUGGUUGUUUCAAUCACCUGUAAUGUUUUGCACGAGUUAUGCCAGUGCCGUAGAUGCUAUCAAAACUUCUUUU